AUGUACGUCCACAACGGGCGUACCGAAGGGCUCCACUGGGCCUCCACGACGUCACCAACGCCUCUACAAACAAUGGUAUCCCCCAAAGCUCAAGAACUAUUGCAAGAUCUCCGAACGAAGAUAGGAGCAAUGGAUUAUGGUGAUUCGCUGUUAUCCGCCUGGGUGCCGACACCCAGGCGUCUCCUGUAUUCCCAUCCAAUCUACCAAGAUUCUGAUGUUCAAAACCAUCUUAAGGCCCUUCAGCUACGAAAAUCGUCUUACAUGGACGUUAACUUCGAGAUCAUCUUACACGACCUUGGCGAGUUCCAACGUGAUGAAUUGCUUGGUGGUCGAGUCUCGAGACUCUUCUCCUCCAAAAACAAGUUUCUCGUGAACGCUUCGGGCACAGGCAAAACGAGACUGUGCUACGAGGGUCUUACUUCCCAUUGGGGUCUUUACUUCACCCUUGGUGUCGACGCUGGUGGUCUCGGGAGUUACGACAUGCAAGAAAAACUGAAAUAUUUGGCCGAGAAACAUCAACUUCAUCCAGUCAUUAAUGAUGCGGCUUUGGCGGAGAACUCUCUUACCGCUCAGAAUGAACUGGGAUCCAUUCUCCUCUCUCGACUGCUUGUCUUUCAGCUAUUCCUCGAAUCGCUCGUCAGCAUUGAUGGCGCCUCGCUCACCAGUAAGCACAACGUGAAGAUGCGUUGGCUUGAGAUGCAGCUCGCACCGAACGUCUUUGGUCUGGCACUCCAUGAUGAAUUCACCAAGUUAGGAAAUGCCCUGGGGGAAGAUGAAAAGGACGUUGCCAAUCUCCAAAUGAACAUCAACGGCGUUCUUCUCAAGAUUCAACAUGUCAUUGGCAUCAGUCCGAUUUUCGUUGUCAUUGAUGAAGCCCAAAUUGGUGUCGACGAAAAACGAUUCGUCUCUGGAGACGGCAAACCUUUGCUGUGGGAGCUUAUUCGAGCUUGGCAAACGUUGACCCAUGGUGCCUGCACUUUUAUUUGCGCCGGUGUCAAAAUUCCCCCCUCGAUCUUUGACGGUGAAGUUGGCGCAGACUUUGAGUGGACAUCAGAUACCGGCUCGUUCGAUGACCCAGACGCCCAUGAGCAAUACAUCAGGAAGUUUCUACCGCCAGCGCUUCGAGACUCUUCCUCGGGCCAGUUUCUUGUCGCUCGUCUCUGGCGCUGGUGUCGAGGACGCCAUAGAAUCACUGCCAAAUUCCUUAACAUUCUACUCCACCAUGGUCUUCAAUUCCCGCAUACAACUUUAUCACAGUAUGUCCAAGCAGGGACAGGUCUUGAGCCCUUGGAUGCAGUGCAAGUGUGUUAUGAAGAGGGACACCGUGACCCUAAAAAUCGGAACUUCAGCUUUGGAACGCCCUCCUUUGAGAUGCUCUCCCCCGACGACCAAGAUUUGACGCGGGCUAUACUCUACAGCUUUAUGGCAACUCAACAAGCUAAAACAUUCACUUCAGUGUAUACUUCACUAGUUUCCAGAGCACACGCUCGUUUCGUUGACGCGCAUCUGUCGGAAAUUGUCUUCGACGAACCAAUGAUAUUAGUACUCGCCGCUCGUGUGCUUUUCCCAUUUCCUCACCAGCCACAUAGAGGAGCUCCCAACGAUCAACCAUCGACUUUCAUAAUAGCCUUGCAAAACAACCCUCCGAGAACCCGGCUGGGUAUUGCCCAUUGUCUCGCCUUCUAUCUCUCUCAAGUAUUUGGAUGCCCCCGAAUGUUGACCGAUGUUUUCAAAUUUCCGCACUCCACUCCGGGAUGGGCCCGUCAAAAAGGACAACUAGUUCGUUUCUAUGCAAACGAUGAAGGAGCAAUCCAGCACUCAAUCGUUAACCCUGGUGCGUUCAGGUCUCUGCUGCCACUUGCAACAACGACGAACACCCUUGCGGAGACCAUUCAAUGGAUUAAGCACAGCUACGGUACUGCGUUUUGCAUACCCUCGUCGCCAAACUUGGACUUGCUGUGUGCAAUCCGGUUAGCGGAUGGCUCGUUUAUCUGGCUCGCUGUUCGUGCGCUGGCAAUGGACGAGCCCAUGAGUGACGACGGUCUGAGACCACUGGUUUCGCAUCUAGAUAUCGACAGUGUGUUUCGUGAGGAAGGAGUUGAUAAUGACUCCAUUAAACGUGCUAUCGAUUCUCUUCGUUCUUUGCCCGGACUCAAACAACGACCGUGCCUCCUUCGCGCGGUGACAGCGUUCCCCGUUGAGGUUGACCUGCGUAACUGCAUCGAUAAGCGCUGUCGGGACGCUGCCAACCUCAGUUUUCGCGCUCUUCGUCGCAAGAAAGAUCAAGUCAUGCAGGAGGACUUUUUCGAAGCAAUGGUCAACGGAGCAAUUGCUGGCACCAAGAGGAAGUCGCGUUGGGAUGAGGGGGCGAUGCAUGACAAUCGCGAACACGCCAAGGAGCGCAGAUUGAUGUUGAUCCACGCGUCUGGUGGAGACUAUGUCUGGUUGAGAGUGGCCGAACCACAUUACUCGUGGGAUUUGGGCUCGGAGGACGUUUAUGAGGAAUACGAUCCACUGAAUGCUGUCCCCGCUCAUCGCCAACCUGCACCUUCUCGGAAGCCACGAAAACAGUCACAGUUGUCGAAGUCGCGUCAAACCCAGCAGAGGUCGGUCCGUAGGCGCUGA